AUGGCGACGCAAGUGGCAUCGAGACUGCUGCCGGCAGCUCGCGGUGCGCUCAGAUCGACGAGACCGAGUGUGAGGCCACAAGCCGUUGCAGCGCAAUGGCGGGCGGGUGCGAGGAGGGGCUUCGGCGGUAGUUCUUCCUUGCAAGUCAAGAAGUACACCGAAGACCACGAGUGGAUCGAGCUGGAUGAUGCAGGGAAGAUCGGCACGAUCGGAAUCACAACCUACGCCGCCUCUCAACUCGGCGACGUCGUCUUCGUCGAACUUCCCCAGACCGGCACGGAGCUCAAGAAGGGCGACACCAUGGGUGCCGUCGAAUCCGUGAAGUCCGCCAGCGAUAUCAACGUGCCUGCGUCGGGAACGAUCGUGGAGGCAAAUGGCGCGCUGGAGGAGAAGCCGGGUGAUGUCAACAAGAGUUCCGAGGACCAGGCGUGGAUGGCCAAGAUUGAGAUCAGUGACGCGGGUGAGCUGGAGGGACUGAUGGAUGAGGAAGGUAUAAGGCUUUCACGGAGAGUGAGGACCAUUGAGGGGCCUUGCGAGCUGUGGCUGGGUGAGGAGGAGCCAAAGUUGUCGCGGGUGUCCGGACUCGGAACGCGUGCGUGGUCUCACUCACGCAAAGGCCAGGGACUGGGGGAAUACCUGACGAUACAGCCUGUGGGAUACUCUGGAGUCUCGAACAAUAUCUAA